AUGUUAAUUACUGAACAAUACCGAGUGAUUUUCUUGUACGAAUACAAGUUGGGUCACUCUGCCGCCGAAGCUCAACGAAACAUUAAGCAUGUUUUUGGUAACGAUUCUGUUGACAUUAGAACUGUUCAGAGAUGGUUCCAAACAUUUUGCUCAGGAAAUAAAAGCCUUAAAAGUGAACCAAGAGGGAGACCAAAACCAGUUAUUCGGCAUUAUGAAUUGAAUUCUUUAGUUAAACGAAAUCCGAGAAAAACAGUCCGAAAUAUCAGAUCUGAGCUCAAGACACCUCCCUCAACUGCUUCUCGACACUUGAAGAAAAUUCGAAAAGUCAAAAAGAUGGAUAGGCUUGUUACCCAUCAAUUUAAUGAGAUUAAAAAAAGCAACAAAAAAAACAGACGCCUUACAGCGUAUUCCAUGUUCUUGUCUCGGCUGGAAAGAGAACCAUUUUUGUAUCGACUUAUUACAUAUGAUGAGCAAUGGAUACUCUUUGAUAACAGCAGGAGGACAGAACAGUGGUUAGAUGCAGGAGAGUCACGAAAACACUACCUAAAACCGCCACUGCACCCUAAAAAGUUGAUGGUCACUGUGUGGUUGUCAACAAAGAGGGUUAUUCAUUAUUCAUUUUUGCAAAAGGAAAAACUGUAA